UUUAAGAGAUCUGGCUAAAGGGUCUAAGGCUGCUACUGGUUUAACAAUCGUAAUUUUCUCUCACUUCCUUUUUCAUUUCUGAUCCAUUUGUUGAAUCUUCAAGAUCAAGAUGUGGGCGGUUCGUCGUCUCAAUCAUCCUCUUAGGAUUAGAACUUUUCGAGCUGUAUGUGCUAAAUCAGAAUUAACCACUUUUAGUGAUGACAAAGCUGCUACUGUUAGUCAUCUUCCUCAAAUGAUAAGGACUGAAAACACGUCCUUGAAGGGAUUUCAUGGAACAAAUGAUUGUUUCCGUGGGAGGUGUAUGUUUUCUUCACAGGCUGGAGGAGUUACAGACAGUGGGGAUGAAGAAGAUGAUCUUGAUGAUGGUUUCUCUGAACUUGAAUCUUCUACAGGUAGUUUAGUUGAGGUUAGUGGGGAAGUAAAUAAGGAUGAAUUAGUUUCAGAACCAGAUUUGUCAGAUGAUGAUGAUAAUGAGGCUGUAGAAGAACAUUCGAAUGAACUAGAUUUGUAUGAUGAAAAUGAGGUCCGUGGAGCUGACAAAGAAUCUAUUGAAAAGAAAUCUGCAUUGACAUUGUUUAAAUCUGUUAUGAAUUCUUCUUCUGUUGAAAAUGCUAUGGACAAAUGGAUUGAGGAUGGAAAUGAGUUGCAAAAGUUGGAUAUAAACUUUGUUAUGGUUAACCUUCGGAAGCGUCGAAUGUAUGGGAGGGCCUUGCAGUUCUCGGAGUGGCUGGAAUCGCGUAAGCAGAUUGAUUUUGUCGAGAGAGAUUAUGCUUCUAGACUAGAUCUGAUUUCCAAGGUGAAAGGUCUCCAUAAGGCUGAGAAUUACAUUGACAGGAUUCCGGUCUCUUUCAGAGGAGAAGUAGUCUACAGAACUUUACUAUGCAACACUGUCAUGAACACCAAUGUGAACAAAUCCGAAGAAGUUUUCAACAAAAUGAAAGACCUCGGUUUUCCAAUUACAUCCUUUUCUUGCAACCAGUUACUCCUUCUCUACAAGAGAACUGACAAGAAGAAAAUAGCCGAUGUACUCCUCUUAAUGGAGAAACAGGACGUCAAACCAACUCUCUUUACUUACCAUAUGUUGAUAGACACAAAAGGUCAAUCAAAUGACAUUACUGGGAUGGAGCAGAUUUUUGAAACAAUGAAAUCUGAAGGGAUUGAACCCGAUACCAAAACACUCUCCCUAAUCGCGAAACACUACGUAUUCGGCGGACUCAAAGAAAAAGCGAUAGCGACAUUGAAACAAAUCGAAGGAGACAACAUUAAAGAGCUUCGUAGGUCUGCACAGGUACUUCUUCCUCUUUAUGCAAACCUUGAAGAUGCAGAAGAAGUGUCGAGAAUCUGGAAAGCUUGCGAGCAAAAUCCCACCAGCCAAGAAUCGCUUGCAGCUAUUGAAGCUUUGGGGAGAUUGAACAAAGUGGAAGAAGCGGAGGCAGUUUUCGACGCAAUGCAGCUGAAAUGGAAGAAUCCGUCUUUGAAACAGUACACUACACUUCUCAAAGUUUACGUCGAACAAAAGAAGUUGGACAAAGGGAAAGAUCUGGUGAAAAAGAUGGCGGAGAGUGGCUUGCGAAUUGGUCCCUGGACCUGGGACGUUUUGGUAAAAUUAUAUGUCGCAGCCGGAGAAAUAGAGAAGGCGGAUUCUAUAUUGCACAAAGCUGGGAAGCAGAACCAAACUAGGCCACUUUUUCACUCGUUCUUGGUUAUUAUGGAAGAAUAUGCGAAGAAAGGAGACAUACAUAAUACGGAGAAGAUGUUCAAUAGGAUGAGACAAUCAGGAUAUGUUUCUAGGGUUAGACAGUUUCAGACUUUAUUGCAGGCUUAUACAAACGCAAAGGUUCCAGCUUAUGGUAUAAGAGAGAGGAUGAAGGCGGAUAAUAUAUUUCCGAAUAAGGGUUUGGCCGCGCAGUUGGCUCAGGUUGACCCGUUUAGGAGGACUCCUGUUUCGGACCUUCUCGAUUAGGGUUAGCAAACGCAUAAACUUGGUUUCUUUGCUGUUUGCUGGUUUUGGUAAACAUAAUUAUAUUAUUUGUCUUUGUUUUCUUAAUCCUGUAAACAUGACAUUCCUCAAAUCUAUCUUUUUAACUACUUUUGUUUAUUCAUGAAAAUGGAUUUCAGCUAGUCAUUUAGAAUUGGAGAAAAUAGUAAAACAUUUUAAAUGUUCUUUUUAUAGUUUG